AUGGCGACAUUCCACGACCGAGCAACCUCUGCGACGCCCACGCAAUAUCGUGUAUUUGGCGAUAACAAGCGCUCAUCAUCUAGUGCUGAUGAUGAGUCUGCCGACGGGAGCUGGCACGAUGCCGUCUCUGCUACCACGUCGCGACACCCCGGCGGCCUCUCUUCGUCAGGUACCCAGGCUUCACUCAGCGCAAAAAGUGCCUCGUUAGCCCCGUCCAAUAUCACGCAAGGGAGCUUCAGCUCAGACCUUAGGCAUUCAGGUAUAUCGAGGAAUGCGACCCCACGCCCUCCAGAGUCGAUUAGCCAUGUCCGGGGAAAUGGUGCUGGUGAUAUUGAAGCUGCUACUACGGAGCAACGGCAGGCCAUUAUCCGUGAGCAGAUCGAGAAAGAAAUAAAGAUAAAGACUGGAACGGAAAAUAUGCUGGAAGCCUUGCUGGCGAAGAAUAUGAAGCAGACAAAGGAGCAGCGCUUAAGGGUGGAGUCGGAACUCAGCUCUUCGCAUCGGAAAAUAGCACAGCUUCAGAACGAGCUCGAGGAAGAAUUGAUGCGGGCUCAUAUGACACCGAUAGAAGCCACAGAGGCUAGGAGACUGUCAACAUUUUUUAAUGCAGGGCCAGGCCGGUCUCCAUCGAGAGCAACUACGCAUGCAACCGGGGAAAGCUUUGAAGCAGAGGAUAGCGAGUCAGAGUCACCAACAGUUGUACUUUCUGAGACGCUGCAAGAACUAGAAGCUGAGGGCAUGUCACCAGAUUACUAUGUUGAUCGAGCAAACAACCUAGUGGAUUUGUUCAAACGAUACCCUACUCUGAAAUACGACCUGGAAUGGUCAGUGUUUGGCCUGAGGGUUCAAGUCAUGCUACUGAGUGAGAGCCGUGACGUUGUAGCGGCCGGUUACAGGUUAACACGGCACGCAAUUGCAGAUAGGAAAUCUAUCCAGGUGAUCAGGGCUCUGCAUACGGAUGAACUAGUAAUGCUCUCUCUUGUCAAGGAAUCUAAAGCCAGCAUGGAGCGAGAGCAGGCCCUUAAAUUCGUUCGUGCGUUCCUAGAUGUUAAAGAUGGUGUUCAAGAGCUCUCACGCUCAGUGGUACGAACACUCGUAUCAAUUGCAGAGCACCGAGAUGACCGUCUGCGUAAUAUCUGCAUAAUGACAAUUGCUGAACUCCUCGUCAAAGAUCCAGCUCUGUUAUUCUCUGCUGGCGGUAUUGGCACCCUAAAUGAUGUGCUGGGUGAAGGGACAUUUGGUGCAUCCGAGAGUUUGGCAGCUGGCUUUGUUCAUGUCUUGGAUGCCCCGAAAAGCAGGAAAUACCUUCGAGCAGGAUGUGAAUUGAACUCAGUCUUUGCGAACUUCACCGAAACUGUUCCGGAUAGUGAUCGUCAUCUGAAAUUGAAGUUUUCCGCGAAGGCUAUAUCUGCCAUGCUAAAAACAUGGCCUGGUAUACUAACACUGGCCCAAAACCCUGAGAGACCCCUACAGUCAUUGCUUCUUUCUUUACAGUUCCCAGACCCCCAGUCUAGAGAUCUAAUUCUAGAACUAUUAUUCGACGCUCUCCGCAUCAAACCACCGUCAUGGUCAUCAUCAUUUCUUGCUGGAAGACGGCUCACCACAUAUGGCCGAGUAGCCAACAUGAAGUCAGAACAAGAAAAAAAGCAAUCCCGCACUGUCUACGAGGAUGAGGAUAAUCCGUUUGACCUAACAGCGCACUUCUCCGGACUCAUACUAGCGUUAUUGGUGGAGGCAGGAUUGAUCAAUGUGCUAUCUGAUUUGAUUGAAGACGAAUCUGACCUUUCUCUAAAACGGAAAACAACUUUACUCCUUGUAGAGGUUCUAAGACGUGCUCAGCGCAGCCUACCCUCAUCUAUGUGCUCCAAUCUUCAUCUUCUCCCCAGCCUUCUCCCAUCGUCGUCACCAAUAAAGGCAAAGUCGGACAACCAACAUCUUUCAACAUCAACUAUAUACCAAAUGGAGAGUAUUAGUCGGACAAUGACACGGUCUGAUGAUAUAUCAGAUGUAAGCGGCCGGUAUUCUGUCAGUACCGAGAUACCAAACUCCUUGGUUCCUGGGGAACAGAGCAAAUCCAAACUCAGUUCCACUAUGGAUGAAGCACAGUUCCGUACCGCAAUCCUGGAUACCAACGUCCUCAGUUCCGUGAAUUUUAUGAAGUGGAAAUGGGACCUUAUCCUAAACAUUAUUGAAGGGCCACUAACGAACCCAAAACGUUUAGAUGAAGCAAUCAAAGGCUCAAAGUUCAUAAAGCGACUGGUUGGUUUCUAUCGGCCGUUUAAGUAUCGGUUUUCAAUGGUUCGCAACACGAAGCCUAAUCGACGGUACAUCCGAACUGGCUGUGCCUUGAUGCGUUGUCUUGUGCAAAGCCCGGAAGGGUCAAAAUACCUAGCCCAGAAUAAGCUUCUGCGCCAGAUAGCAGAAUGUUUGGCCCAAGUUGACCGCAUGAGCGGACUGACUUCCUUGUCGCCAUUGUUUUCCCGAGAACAGAUGGCUGAUACUCUAAGUGGUGGAUACUUUGCGCUAUUGGGAACUCUGAGCAGUGAACCCAACGGCAUACAGAUGAUGGAAAGAUGGCAUAUGCUCAACAUGUUUUAUCACAUAGUUGAAUUAGCGGACCGGAAUGACCUCAUCCAAACCCUUCUUGGAAACAUGGAUUUCACACAUGAAAGCCAUUUAAGAGUAAUACUUUCAAAGGCUCUCACCACAGGAUCAAAGGAUAUCCGUAUCUUCUCCACAAAGCUGCUACGAAAAUACGUCAUUGGCAAAGUGUUGCAAGGAUCGCCUGUUGAAUGGGUAAUAGAACUUCUGGUGACCCAGCUAUAUGACCCAGAUGUCACUGUCUGUCAGGUUGCCGUCAAAAUACUGGAAGAAGCAUGCAAUCAGAGAGAUUAUCUAGAGUAUGUCGUCAAAUGCCGUCCAUCUUUGGAUCAUUUAGGCGAAAUCGGCGCUCCAUUGCUACUCCGUUUCCUAUCUACAUCGGUCGGGUACCACUAUCUUGACGGCCUCGACUAUAUCACCCAGGAGAUGGACGAUUGGUUUCUAGGAAGAAACGAUGCGUACGUUGGGCUAGUAGAGGCCUCGCUGUCUCGCGCGUACAUUGACCAACCACGUCGGAACAGCUUAGCGCUAAACGAUAUAGUUGAGAUGCAAGAUAUUGGCCUUGUGCCACCGCAUUUUUACCGAGAACUUGCACGUACAACAGAAGGGUGCAAGCUGCUAGAGCAGUCCGGCCAUUUCUACGAAUUCGCUUCAACAUUACGAGAUUUUCAACUUGACGAAGAAGAUGCGGAGGUCUUACUAAAGGUUAAGGGGGCGCUAUGGGCGAUCGGGAACGUAGGCUCGAUGGAGCUCAGUGCACCGUUUUUAGAAGAGACGGAUAUUGUGGAAAGGAUAGUGGAAAUAGCGGAAAAUGCAGCAGUUAUGACCAUGCGUGGCACCGCAUUCUUCGUCUUGGGGCUAGUAUCCAGGAGUCAGCAUGGCCUUGAGAUGUUAAUCGAGGCAGGGUGGGAUGCGGCCGUUGACCAAAGAGGGCGUUCAUUAGGAUCAUGCAUGCCACUGAACCUAAGCAAGCUAUAUUCGGUUAAAUUCGAGCCAUACCAGGCUCGUACCGAGGAAGACAAGGCAGCGAGAAAUAGAUACAAAGUCGCUUCCAAGGACUCCGAUCCGCUCAAGCAAAAGAUACUCGGUCUUAUUAUUGAUAUGGGGAAUACUGUUCUUGCUAAAAAGGCGGCAGCAGAUCUACAAGUCUUGUUCUGGCAGGGUUCUAAUAUGUUCCACUACGGCAGUCUCAAAACGAAUCGUCCUGACUGCUUUCGGCGUAUCGAUCUUUUUGAAAAGACUCUUGUUAUCCUAGAGAGCCAUCACUUCCGGUUAUCCGCUCGACGUUUCGCACUAGAGUUGUUUGACAAGAGCGUGGUUAGACGAAUCAUCUUUGGGGAUGAGUCCGGCUCCGAUUCUGAAAUGUCAGAGUAG